AUGUCCGACCAUAAAUUAACUAUCACCGAAACUAAAUAUUUAAGAAUUUUAGCCCGUAAACAUAUUUUAUUACCAACUAAAUUUAAAAAGCCCUUAGUGACCAAAGAGCGGAUAAAAGAUAGCCGUUUUGUAGAGACUAAUAAGGACCCAAUAGGAGAAUUACACAGCAAAGGAAGAUUUGUGGUGGGGAUUGGGAGUAUUCAUGAAAAAGGAACUCGUUAUACUCUGAAAGGAAGAGCUAUUGAGUUUGAUUUGAAUUUGGAGCAUCAGCAAGUAGAAUAUAAGAAUUUGUAUCUUUUACGCGGUAAAGAACCCAUUAAGGCCAAUCGUUUUACUUUUUUUAAGUUUUUGCAGCAGAUUAAGAAGGAAAUGAAUUUACCUAUUAAUAUAGAACUUGCCCCUCAUACUUUAAGGAGAUGCUUCGCUACUUAUCAGGCUAUUUCGGGUAUGCCUUUGCCGGUGUUGCAGAAGGUAUUGGGACACAACAAUUUAGCCACUACUUCUUAUUAUAUUAGGGCAGGAGAUUUGGAUAAUUUGGUGAAAUUUAGACCUGUAUAG